AUGAUUUAUUUUCCUUCAAGCUUUCAUCGCCCUCCUCGAAACCCAGCUGAAAAAAUUAACAGUGGAUACAAAGCGACAGAGUAUUUCCAUUACCUCUUUGGACUCAGUCCUGGCUUGUUCCGUGUCCAUCUUCCCAAAAAAUACUGGCAACACUAUUGCAAGCUUGUUUGUGGUAUUCGAACAUUGACUCAGCAACACAUUACUGGACCUCAGGUAUGCGAGGCACAGUCAGAUAUUGUUCAAUUCGUACAGGAGUACGAACAUCUCUAUUAUCAGUGUCGCAUGGAUCGCCUGCAUUUCUGUCGACCAUGGCUUCACACAAUUCUUCACAUUGGUCCUGAAGUCAUACACAUUGGACCAGGUUCAUACAUCAGCCAGUAUACGAUGGAACGUGUGAUUGUUUAA